AUGGACGAAGCGACAGAGAUGGAGAUGGAGAUUGAGGAACCAAAGUCAAACAAAGUCGGACUCAAAAACUCUAUUCAAACCAAUUUCGGCAACGACUACGUUUUCCAAAUUGUCCCAACGGAUGACUGGUCGUCAAUGGCGGUGUCACUAUCCACGAAAGCAGUGAAGCUUUACUCUCCAGCGACAGGUCAGUUCCAAGGAGAGUUUAGAGGUCACUCUGAUACUAUCAAUCAAAUUUCAUUCUCUGUUUCGUCGCAGCAUCUUUUGCAUUCUUGCUCAUCUGAUGGUACUAUCAGAGCUUGGGACACCAGAACUUUCCAGCAGGUUUCGUGUAUAAGUGCUGGCUCUUCCCAAGAGAUUUUCAGCUUUUCAUUUGGAGGGUCUAAUGAUAAUCUUCUUGCUGCUGGGGCUAAGUCUCAGAUACUUUUCUGGGAUUGGAGGAACAGAAAGCAAGUUGCAUGUUUGGAGGAAUCUCAUAUUGAAGACGUUACUCAGGUCCACUUUGUCCCUGACAAUCGAAACAAGCUUCUUUCAGCUUCUGUUGAUGGGUUGAUGUGUAUAUUUAAUACUGAUGGGAAUAUCAAUGAUGAUGAUGAUCUGGAAUCAGUGAUUAAUGUUGGAACCUCAAUCGGGAAAGUGGGGUUUUUUGGAGAGACAUAUCAGAAGCUCUGGUGUUUGUCACAUAUUGAAAGUUUAAGCAUUUGGGAUUGGAAGGAUGCAAGAAAUGAAGCAAAUUUGGUGGAGGCCCGCUCAUUAGCCUCUGACAGUUGGACAUUAGACCAUGUUGAUUAUUUUGUUGAUUGCCACUACUCGGGAGAAGGUGAGAGUUUAUGGGUAAUUGGUGGCACUAAUGCUGGUGCUUUAGGUUAUUUUCCUGUAAAUUAUAGAGGAGUCGGGUCAAUAGGGUCUCCAGAAGCAAUUCUUGGAGGUGGCCACACAGGUGUUGUCAGGAGUGUAUUGCCCAUGUCAAGCAUGAAGGGGGACUUGCCCACAGCCAAGGCAUAUUUGGAUGGACGGGUGGUGAGGAUGGUCGAUUAUGUUGCUGGUUGUCCGACAAAUCUACCGAGAUAA